UACAUAACUUAGUUAAGACGAGAUCGGGACAGUAUUCCUGUAUUUAUUCAGUAUUGUUAUGUCCAGAUCUACGAACGAUGGGUCGUAGCGGAAUGAACUGUAGAUGGCGUUACCAAUUGAAGAUGUUCCUUGUCAUCGUGAUUCUAUUAAACAUGUUCAUAGCUCCUCUAACCUACAAUUCAGUCAGGCAUCCUGCUCCACAAGUCAAACAUGAAAAAAGAAUGUCUAUAGAUAAGUCAUUUUUAGUGUCACUGCAUAACCCUCCUCCGUGGCUGGUGGAUUUAUACAAACGAGCUGACCCCAAACAAUGCGGAUACACCAACUGUCGAUGGAGUAUGGACAAGUAUCUUCACAGUGUCAGCGACGUCAUAGUGUUCCAUGGUCCUUCGCUUGACAAAAUUCCUAUCAUCAGGUCACCUGGUCAAACCUGGGUAAUGCUUGCUUUGGAGAGCCCUUUGCAUUUUGGGUCAAAUUACAAACUUCCGGCAUGGAAGUCUGUAUUUCAAUUGGACAAUGACGUACCGGAAGGACUCGGAUAUCUAUUUCCCUUAUUCUGAAGUCAUUAAGAAAAACGACUUCAGAGAUGAACAUAACUACACUCAAAUUUUGAAGGCCAAGAAACAUACUAUUUCUUGGGCGGUAUCCCAUUGUAAUGCGCCUAGUGAGCGGGAUAGCUACGUGAACUAUUUAAAAGAUUAUAUUGACGAUAUCAACACAUUUGGUAAGUGCGGACAUUUUUACUGUGGUGAAUGGGAAGACCCUGAACAGUGUUUUAGGAAAAUGGCUAAAGAACAUAAAUUUGUUUUGUCAUUUGAAAAUUCAUUCUGUACGGAUUAUAUAACAGAGAAAGCUUUCAUACCAUAUACCGAAAACAUCGUACCGAUAGUUCGCGGGGGGUCUCAGUAUAUAUCGGUUCUUCCUAAAGGGACGUAUAUAGAUACCAAUGACUUUACUACAGUAAAGGAGCUGGCUGACUAUAUCAUUGAGAUAGACGGACAUAAGGAUAUGUAUCUGGAACUUCUUCAACGUAAGAACCAAUAUACUAUUUUUCCAAAGGUGUCUACAUACCAGAGGGCAAUAUGUCAGGUCUGUGAGAAACUCAAUACGGAAAAACACGCAAAUGAAACGUAUCCGGAUAUAGCAGCGUGGCUCUGGAAAAGCGGUGGAUGUUUUUACCCUAAAGAUGUUAUGCCUAACUAAAAUUUAUAAAAUUUAUGAGUUUUCCCAAACUCGCUUAAAUCUUUGUGUGAUGUAUUUAUGUCUUUACUGCCGCUGAGGGCAGUCGCACUGUAACAAUUUACAUAACUAUAGGACCUAUCUGUUACCGUAUUACGAAUCUGGGUCUUAAUGAUAUCCCUUACAUAACCAUUUAAAUGAUGUAAGGCGGGACGUUGCACUUUUAGUAGAGAUCCCAUUAUUUAAAAAUAUCUCCCAAAUAACCAUGCGACCUGUAGAGGAAUGUUGCAUUAUUAAGAGUGACCACAUGCCUUAACAAGAACUCCCAAAUGACCAUGAGAUCUAUGAAGAAUUUUGCAUUAUUAAAAGGGAUCCGUUGCCUUAACGAUGCCCGUUAAAUAACGAUACGACCCAUGAGUUAUUAAGAUCAAUGUAUUCGGAGGAUCCCACGCCUUAACGACAGUCAUAACAUAACGAUGACAGGGAGAUAUGGACACCAGAUACUUUGUCGGGUUAUCGUUCUUAAUCUGCCCUUUACGAAGUUUUUCGUUUAGCUAUUACAUGAUAAAAUCUUCACUUGCAUGUUAAGUGGUUGAUUUGAUGCUGAUAAAAUUGAUAAAAUUGCG